UUUUAAAACUUUAGUUUUGUAUUUUACAAACAUUGUAGUUGACAUUUCAGUAACGCUUCAACCGUCACUUUAUCGAUACAUGUAUUCGAUCUUAGGAGGCAAAGUUCCUUUGACGAUUGUCAUAAAUGUAAUUAUUAGAAAUAGUUAAUUGAAAUUAAGAGAAAUCAUUGAAAUUGAUAGAGGAUCAUAAAUAAAAAUAAUGAAAUACAUAAUACCAGAGCACAACAUUAACAAAUGGCAGUAGGGAUCGUAGCCAAACUUUUUAAUGGGUUGAAGCAACCAAUAAUAUGUAUUAUAUACAUAUUAUAACUAUGGAAUAGCAUUUAUAUUAUGCAGGAAUGCUCGCAGUAUAAAUUAUUAUUUAUCAUCAUGAAAUUUAACGAAAAAGAGCUUGCAGAAGCAAGUAAUGGCCCCGCUGAUCUCGAAGGUCGUUUAAAUCAUAAACGAGCCCAUAAGUCAGUAUUUAAAGAAAGGUGGUUUAAAUUGAGAUGCAAUUUAUUAUUUUAUUUUAAUAUUAACGAAUUAGGACAAAUUGAUAAAAAGCAACCAGCUGGUGUGAUCAUUUUAGAAAAUUAUAAUAUUAAUAUUGACUGUGCGUCCGGAGGUGUAUUUGCAUUUAGUAUAGCAUUUCGCGAUGAACACGAAAAGAGACAUGUUUUGAGCGGUCGUUCUGAAUCUCAUGUAGAACAAUGGGUCAACGCUCUUAAGCAAGCUAGUUACGAAUAUUGGAGGUCACGCUUAAUAACGCUUCAAGAAAAUUUGUCAAAAAGAACAGGAAAGGACCCCUUGCUUAUGUAUCCAAGAAAUCAAGGGAUCAUUAGGGACGAAGCAUGGGAACCUAAGUCAACAUUUCGAUCUCAUGUACGUUCCUUUACUACAUCAGUUGUAACGUCAACGGCAUUAAAUACAGUAACAAAAGAAGUGAAUUUAAUUGAAUUUUGAAUAAUUUAAUUGUAAUUUUAUGUUGUACCGUGGAACUGAAGUAAUAUUCAAUUUUAGAAAGAUUACAUAGAAGUAGAUAGGUUUGCAGCAAAUCAUUACAACGAAAGUGAUAAGUUUCAGAAUUUAUUUAUUGUAGGUAAUAUAAUUUAUACAAUCUACGUUUUAUUUGUAAGGUUAGAUAAGAAUUCAA